UUAAGAAUAAGACCUCGUUUUACAGUUAUUAUAAUAAUAAUCAAUUAAUUAGCACCAAAAAACAAAUCACAAUGAAGAAUUUCGGAAUAAUACUCGGAUUGAUUACAAUUGGAUUAAUAAAAAAUAAUGAGGCGAAACUUCCCAAAAAUAUUCAAAUUUGCUCAAGACAUGAGCCUAAGCUUAGUGAAUGUAUUUUAAAUUCAGUAAAACAAUUACAACCGAGAUUAGCAUCAGGAAGGCUUGACGAUGAGUUUGUUGUGCCAGCGCUUGAGCCACUCGCACUUGACAACAUCAAGAUGGAAAGUGGACAAGAGUUUAAGGCACACUUUACAAAUUUACUAGUUCGAGGUCCUAGCAAAUUCAAUGUUGAAAAGCUAAGAGUUAAUUUGGAUAACGCGACUUUCGAAUUUAUUAUCUCGAUUCCACGAUUGGACUUUGUUGGAAAAUACGGAAUGAGAUUGAAGAUUUUACUUCUCGAAAUUUCCGGUAAAGGUGACAUGUUAGGCCAUAUGGAUAAUUCAAGAGCACGUGUAAAAUUACAAGCACAUAAAUAUCAAAAGAAUGGUCAAACAUACAUGAAGUUUGAGAAGUUGCAAAUUAAAAUUCAAAUUGGAAAGAACUAUAUUGAACUUAAGAACUUGUUUAAUGGUGAUCCAAACUUAGGAAAAAUUGGAAAUCAGUUCAUCAAUGAUAACAGCGAUUUAUUCUUACAACAAAUCAUUCCUGGUCUAGAAAAAAAUCUUGCGGAAAUUUUCACAAACACUGCAAAUGAUAUCGUCGAGAAUGCCAGUUUUGAUGAAAUGUUUCCUGAUAAACCUGUAUAA